AUGGUAUCCCGAGAAGAUUUAUUCGGAGAUAUUAAACCAAAUGGAAUAUUUAUAUCAGUGCAGGAUGAUUGGGUUUAUUUAACAGCAAUAUGGAAAGAGCACGAAGUACCUUAUGACGAUGCUAUGGGUUUGAUCAGACAAUAUAAGAGGCCUUUACUUUCAAUAUUACGUAAUAAUUAUGCUUCGAAUAACAAUUGGGAAUUUCUUUAUAGUCAUCGACUUGAUGGUCCUAUAACGCAUAUAUCGAGUUUCUAUUAUAACGAUGGGUCAAUAUCAACGGCAGGCACGGAUUAUCACGAAAAUAAUGCAUUGGCAAUUUUGUAUCAAAUACAUGGAAAAGAGGAAAUUAAAUUCGUCAUGAGAUUAUAUCAUAUAGGUCAUUAUGAAGAAAUAACUGAAACUAUUGAAUUAAGUGAAUGUCAAAAACUUUCAUCACACACGUGUCAUAUUUCACCAUCCUUUAAAUUUCAGGACAUAACAUUGCCAGGAACGACUAAUAUUAAAUCAUUUCAUGUGGACGGUUCAAUCAUCUUAUAUUCAAGGAAUCCAGACGAUGCCAAAUUUAGAACAAUAUUAAUACCUAAAAAUGUGUUUGACAUUCCAAAGAGCAAGAUAAGUGCAUUAACAUUAAAAACUAGUGAUCCAGGACCGAUACAAAAAAUCGGUCCAUUAAACCCUUUUUGGAGAAAAAUUUCAAUUUUUCGACGCGUUUACGCUGUGCCAGGAGUGAUUCGAGUUUUAAAUGUUGAAGUCACAGCAAAUGAUGAAGUUUGGACAUUUCAAGUAACCGUCAUUCAUAACUCAUCUUCAAUUCAUAACUCCUCGUCAUCAUCUGAGGAAUCAGACAUGAGCCCUUUUCGUUGGCGUUCCAAGAUAAUAAUUGGGUAUACGCCGUCGACACCAAAGAAACUCGAGUAUGACCAAUUUGAUUUUGCGCGCGGGAUUACUCUUGUUCCACCAAUCGCAGUUCCGAAACCUGUUGUAGUUACAGCAAAAAACGUGACAACAAUCUGUGUCGCUUUGAAUAAUAUUUUAUUCACGUUUGAUUAUAGCAAUACAACAGCAGCGGAUCCCAACCCACAAGGUACAAAUUCAACUGAAGCAUUUAUAGUUAGAAGUGAAUAUCUUCCUUUACUUGAGGAACGACAAUUCCAGAUCGUAGGAACUGAAAUCAAUGCUAAUGGUAAUUUAUUGGCGCUGGUGACUAUGAGAGGAGGUGCUGAUAUAAAUGUCCCGCCAUCAUCUCGAAUGAAGAAAGGUUUGUUUGCAAGGUUAACUGAUGCUGAUAAUAAACUUAUAAACAAAACUGAAGACAAUUGGGAAUUAAGGAUGGUUAUUCAAUCAUCAUAUUUGGAUUCUCUUAGUCGGUCUGGUUUAGACGUAAUAGCAGUAAAGAUAUUAAAUGUCUCUAGAAUACAGAUAAAUUUGUACGAUAAUGGAGAUGUUGCAACGUUUGAUUUGGAUAAAGCAGAACAAGAAAUGAAAAUUUGGUUCUUUAUUAGAAAACAAUGGAAAAUGUAUCUCGUAAUAACUUUCAAUGAAUCAGAUCAUGGUUUACAAGUUCACGAUGUAUAUUCAUACCAAGAUGAAACUAUCUUGAUUCAUUUGAUUCAUUCUGACCAAGAAAAUUGUUCCAUUCCAGCUUUAUAUUUUCGACUUUUACAUAGUAAUAAAACCUUAACCUUGAUUAAUGUUUCAGCUACGGAAAUACCAGCGUUUAACUUUUGUGAAAUAACGAUUGAGAGGGUCAUAUACUAUUAUAUUAACAUUUAUCCUUUAUUGAGAAAUUAUAUUUUUGCAACCUAUGUGAAUUCAAGCAAUCCUGAUGACGCGAGUGUUUAUGGACUUUUGGUUAAUUGGAAUGGAGAUUUUAUUAGUAACACGUAUCUGAGUAAGGCUUCUGUGAAUAAGGAAGGAAUUGUACAACCUCCUGGGAAACUUUAUCAUUCAAGUCAAUUAGCAAAUGUUGGGUUUUUAUACGUGGAUAUCCUAGAAAACACUGGAGAUGUGAUUUGGCAUCACUUUACUAGCCCUUUAAAUAGUAACUUAAGUAUUUCUAAUAUCAAAUCUGGAAUGAUUGGGAAUCCUGGCAGCGUAAAUGUAAGAACUUCUGGAUUCCUAAAUACGGAAGGAAAUUAUUGUUUGGUAGUAACAAGAUUUUCUAGUGAAGGUCAAAAAUCAACUUUGCGCGUAGAAAUAAUCUUAAUCUCUGCUCAUGAUGAUCAAACAUCUCCAUCUUAUUUGAUGUAUUCAAGUGAUGAGAUGACUUUUUCGGAUAUUAUCGCUUUGAAUUGUAAUAUUGAUUAUAAUGGAAGUGAGAAUAUUUGUCAGCUUCUCAUUUCUGAAGGGAAUGAUAUUUUUAUUUUGAAAUUAUCUUUUUCCACAUUCGGAUACUUAAAAAAUGUUGAAACUAAAUGGGCGAAUUACCUUGAAGGUUUAAAUGAACUGAUAGUGAAUCCGUUGCUUUUCGGAGGUUACCUCUUGACAGCAAGUACCCGCAAUCAAAUUGGGAACUUAAUUUAUGGUUUCAUUCUCAAUUCAACUGGAGAUUUUCAAAAUAAUUGGCCUCUACCACAACCAUUUCUCGUAGAUUCCAAUGGAAACCCUUAUAGUAUUCUUCCUGAUAACAAAUUUGUUGCUGUAAAACAAAUAAAUGAUACUAAUUGGAUUUUAAAUAUGACGGAACUUCCUAAAAUUCCCAUUGAAAAUGACAUGGGAUAUUUUAAUCCACAAAUAAUUCAGACAUUGCCAAAAAUAAACGGAACGAUUACGAUGAGAACUUCUCAUAUCCUUAUACAUUACAAAAACCCCGUCUUACUCUCUGAUGGAUCUGUUGUCAUUUUUGCUAAUUCCGACCCUUUAACAAAAGAUCCAAAACAUUUGCGACAAAUCUAUUCUGGUCGAUCAGGAUAUUGUAUUUUAAGCGAAAAUCAUAAAACAGUCACGAUUCAAACUUUUGCAAGUACGUUUAAUCAACCUCUAACCGAUUAUUAUGUGACAAUUGAAGAUAAUUUUGUAAAACUUGAUGAAACUGGUGAAGCUUUAAAGGGAAUCCAACCAAAAAUAUGGGCUUUUAAGACGAAACAAAUCGUUCCAGGAAUUUUUGUUGAAUCUACAAUGGCAACAUUUCGAUUGUCGGUCUACGGAUCAAAACUUUACGAAUCACUAAAUUUAAAAGAAAAGAUAAAUUUUGUAAAUGAACUUUGCAAUGAAUUGGCAACAGCCUUACCUGUUGCAUCAUCACGAUUAGUUCCCAAAUAUCGAUAUCAACGUGAUCCAACAACAAAACGACUACAAGUUAUUUUAUUAUUAGAAGUAAUUUCAACAACGAAUACUUCGGACAUGAAUGUAGUUAAUAUUAUUAAAGAUUUGAAUUCUCUAAUUAUCCAUCGAGAUAUGGGACCAUUGAUAUUCAUGGAAUAUACUAGUUUAUUAGACGAUAAUUAUGGGCUUAUUAAAGUUGAAAACUUUUGGAUCAAAUAUUCGUUCAUCAUCAUUUUAUUCAUCGCGGGAAUUUUAUUAGUCGUCUUACUAUGUUUUAUCGAACAACGUAAAAAUCCAAAGGCUGAAACAGCAGUCGCGUUUAAAUUCUUUAUCGAACUUGUGAAUUAUGUCUUAUUCAUCAUGUUCACGAUAAAAUAUUCAAAGGCUGUAAAAGGACUUUACACAGCAAGCGUAACAAUUAUUUUAAUAUCUACCACAUUCAACGAAACGGUAGCGAUAUUUUUAAUUAGUUAUUACUGCAGACCAUGGUUGAAGAAGCAUUAUUUGAUAACGACCUUAUUCACGUUAUUAUCGGUGGUUGACAUUUAUUCAUUGAUGAUAUUAUCCUCAAAGAUUGGAAAUCAUCCGAAUUUAAGUGCAAAGUUUUCUAAUUGUGUGCACAAAUGGAUAUUUUGGGUUGGAUUACUUGCUUUUGUUAAUAAAGAAAUUCCUCAAUUUGUCAUCAUGUCAUUAAACCUUUACCUAGUUCCGUAUCUUUCCCUAUUAAUAUUAUUUAUCAUAAUCGUAUUUAAUGCAGUUUGGAGGUUGAAUCAAUUAUUUAACUUCCUUUUACAUCCACGAAGUUCAAGUAGAGGAUCACAGGCUGAAUUCUUUCAUAACAAUGACAAUGAAAAUACCGGAUACGAAACCGAUAAAGAAGAUAAUGCUCAAGAUAUAAAUAAACACAACAAAUUAUCCGUACCACAUAGUGAAAUAAUUUUUGAAAAUGAUGAUUUCGGUGAAGAACAAACAACAAAAGAAAAGAAGGUUAGAUUUGAUCUUGAAAGUGAUAAUGAUGAAGAAAUGAUUGGUUAA